AUGAGCGUAACGGAUAAUGAGGUGCAGCAGGCGAAGUGUUUUGCCUCUGCAGUAGAGCAUCUCAACCGUGCCAUCUCGCGCGCGAUGGUGGCGAUGUUGGAGGUUGGCUCCGCCCUCGACUGCGUGACGGAAGCCUUCAAGAGCCCCGCGCUGUACUUUACUGAGCCGGAGAUGGUACUGCGGAUACGGGACGCACACAACGAGCUGCGCCACUUCCACGAGGGCACAUCGUUCUCAACUUUCAACGGCGCCAUCCAUGAGGACGUGCUGCAGCCGCUCAAGUCACUGGCGCAGCAGGCAAAGGCGGUGCAGCGGGAGGGGCGGGGACGAAGUUUGUUUAGCAGCGUUUGGGGCCGUAGCAAGUUGUGCUCGCAGGGGGCCCAAACGGGGCGCGACGGGUAUAUAGGGCAGAAUGGCACCAUAACGGCUAUUGGGCACGGCUACAAGAGGUUGCGUGAGCGAUGCGGGAGCGAGUUGCCGCAGGUUCUUCAGUGUUACCUCUCCCAUAGCGCACAGUUCACAGAGGACUUGAUGAUAGCGCUGCGGAACGCAUCUCGGGUGGCGGAAGACGACUACCAAAGUAUUCCUGCCCCGCCCACAAUAGCUGCGUUCCGACCGCAGCAGCACAUAGGCGAAGAGAACCCGCUGCUUCCGCGACGCACGUUGCCAUCGGUGACCCGCAUGGACAGGGAUGAACCUCCAUUGCCUCUCUACGCACCAACGGCGUAUCAGUUCAUUUUUUGA